UCAAGUAAUACCUCUCACUUGAGAGUCGAAUCCCGUAUUCGACACUUUGUUUCGCUCCUCGAAAGACGUCUCCGAUUAUAUCGAUUAUUUCCACUCAUAACUGAAUUUAUUCCCCGAAAUUAUCAGCUUCAAAUCAUAAAUUAUUUGCAGUAAAAAAUCGAGUGGAGAGUUUUUAAUUUUUUAAAAAUAUUCUAAAAAUCGCGGGUUCCGCGGAUUUCGUGGUUUUUUUUUAGAGUUGGACUUCAUUGAAUGUUUAGACAAUUGGGGGAAUUGUUUAAUUGAAUUUGAGUGACUGAAACUGGUGAAAUUGAUUCGGAACUUGAAAGGACUUGAAGACAACCGGAAAUGGGGAUCAAAGUGCCGCAGGGACUCAAUGGACGACUGCUGUUCGCUAUCGCAGCUGCUGCCCUGGGAUCAUCCUUCCAGCACGGUUACAAUACUGGUGUUGUCAAUGCACCACAAUCGUUAAUCGAAGCCUGGAUACAAGACGUUAAGGGCAACCGAACAGGUGAAAUAAUCAGUAAGAAUCAGGUGACAGCAAUAUGGUCAGUGGCGGUGUCAAUUUUCUGCGUGGGUGGUAUGAUCGGUGGUGCCCUGGUAGGAACAAUAGCAGACAGAUUUGGCAGAAAAGGUGGUCUCCUUCUGAUCAAUGUCCUAGUUGUGAUGACAGUACUCCUGGAAGGUUUCUCAAAGAUGGCAUCAAGCUACGAGAUGCUGAUAAUCGGUCGUUUCAUCAUCGGUAUCAACUCAGGCCUGAACGCUGGUUUAGCACCGAUGUACCUAGCUGAGAUAUCACCAAUGCACCUUCGAGGUGCUGUUGGAACUGUCUACCAACUGGUCAUUACGAUUUCCAUUCUGAUUGCUCAGAUUCUCGGUAUGAAUCAACUCCUGGGUACUGAACAGCACUGGCCACUCCUGCUUUCUCUCACAAUUGUCCCAGCGAUUUUCCAGUGUCUCACUCUUCCACUCUGUCCUGAGAGCCCGAAGUAUCUUCUCCUCUGCAGGGGCAAGGACGCCGAUGCCCAAAAGGCUCUGACCUGGCUUCGCUCUAGCAACGAUGUCUACGAAGAAAUGGAAGAAAUGAGAAAUGAGUACGAGUCCAUGAAGAUGCUGCCAACUGUUGGAUUGAGGGAUCUCUUCGUCAACUCCACUCUGAGGAUUCCUCUUGUCAUCGCUGUCAUGGUUAUGCUGGCUCAACAGCUGUCUGGCAUCAAUGCCGUCAUGUUCUUCUCGACGAAGAUCUUCACGAUGGCAAGCUUAGACGAUCAUGCUGCUCAAUCUGCUACCAUGGGAGUGGGAGCUAUGAAUGUCAUCAUGACUCUCGUCUCGCUUGUUCUUGUUGAGAAGUGCGGGAGAAAAACACUUUUGCUGCUUGGAUUCGGAGGAAUGGUCAUUGACACUGCCUUGCUAACUAUCUGCAUUACUUACGCAAGCGCAUCAACAGCCGCAGCCUAUUUGUCCAUCAUCUUCGUGAUCCUCUUCGUGGUGUUUUUCGCAAUCGGCCCUGGCAGCAUUCCCUGGUUCCUCGUCUCAGAGUUGUUCAACCAAUCAGCAAGACCCGCAGCAACAUCAAUCUCCAUUGCCAUCAACUGGUCCGCCAAUUUCGUAGUUGGCAUAGCCUUCUUGCCCCUGCAGGAAGUAAUGGGAUCCAAAGUCUUCAUAAUCUUCGUGAUAAUUCAAGCGGUAUUCACUCUCUUCAUCUGGAGGAAAGUGCCCGAGACGAAGAACAAGACGAUCGAGGAAAUCAGCAGUAUGUUCAGACAGAGAUCCUAUCAGUGAGGUAAACCCGAAAUAAUCACACCAGUAUAAUAAUAAUGAACAAAUACGAGAGCAAGCGAGUGGUCAAAACAAGUCCUUCCAUUAUUUUACAGUUCGAUGCAUUUUAUUAUUUAACAAUUAUCGAUUUCUUUGAUAAAUGAAUGAUUCAAUUGUGCCAUUUAUUAAUCAACGAACUGGCUUUUUUAUUCCCGUCGUUACUCGGAGGAUUACGUCGAACUGAUAAAUAGGGACAUCACCUGAUUUACAUGUAAUUAAUCGAUUUAGUUCCUGUCACCCGUCGGGUGGUUAAUUGUUUAAUUAAUUAAAAAUGGAGAAAAGGUACAAGAAAUGUCACUGAAGUCAUGGAUAGACUAAGAACUGAACAAGGCUCUUUACGAUCAAGUCUUUCUUUGAUAACGAUUUUAUUAUUAUUUUUUCAUACAGUGUGUGGAAUUGAUGAUUCCAACUCUAGUCAAGAAUGAGCUCUUUUUAAAUUUUCACCAUUUCUUCUUGUUGUUACUGCAAAUCCACCGGUUUUAAUUUGUUUUUUUUUUUUUUAUGAAUUCUUUCUGACGUGCGCGACGGUGAGAUGAAAGGAUUAUUGAUUCAUGGCUUCACAGAUUGUAAAAUGUGAAAUUGUUGCAUCAAUGAUUCAAUAAUCUGCGAUGCGCUUAUCCAUUCUUGAGAUAAAACAACGAAAGAGCACUUUUUUGGUGUUAUUUUGAUAACCCGGGCAAACUGAAAAGUCUCAUGACAGACAGAUUUUUACCUUCGCUAUUAUAAAUGUACAGACAUGAAUUUAUUACGCUGGAAAAUAAAAAAUCAAGAUGCCUUUUUGAUAGUUUCCACCUGAGAUACAAAUAAAUUAACAAAUGUUAAUGAUUGUUGAUUGCAAUAAAAAAUUCGGCCGAAGCCGGAUAGGUUUAUUUUCAAUAGAUGACAUUAUUCUCUUGGCACCGAUAAUUAUUUAAUUCAUAUAUCGCUUAUUGUUAAGCAACAUUGGCCAAGUACAAAGUGCUCGGUGAUUAUUUUUAUUAAAGUCGAGGCCAAUGUGUUUCGGUCCUGUUGGAAUACACAGAGAAAAAAAAGACUUCCCAAAAAGAAGUUUCUAGAUUAAUCGAUUUUGAUAAAGAGAUAUUUUUUAAUCUGUGCACAGACAGAUGGAAAUUGUCAUCGUGCAAAUUGCAUUGGCUGUUGCUGGGAGCAAAUUAAUCGAUAUAAUUGUCUUCGAUGAAAAUAUAGAUUAUGUCUUUCUUUUUUUUAAUUAUUGAACGCAAUACUCAUACGUUAGUCGAUUACAAAUGAAAUAGAGGAGUGGCUCUCACAUCGUUCCUAGGUAAAUUGAAAUUAUACUGGGCAUUGUUUGAGGCUGAGUGUCUGGUUUACUGAAGUGUUAAUUAUUUAAAUGAUGUACACGUUGUGUGGAGACUGAAACAAUUGUUGCACAAAAUACAAUUGCCCAGGAUAGAUUAAUAUAUAGACGAGUGCAUGCUGAUGUUUUUAUUUCAUACAACAUUCAGAUUCUUACACAACCCGUAGUGUAGAUUUAAACAAUGAAAUUUUAGGUAUUUUAUCGUAAGUUUAAUUAAUAAAUGGUAUUGAAUUAAUUUAGAGAUGGUAAAAUGCAGUUUUAAGAGUAGAUUUUAGUUGUGUUCUUUUAUAUAUGGAAAGUACAGUGUCGAUGUGAAACAUUUAAGAUGUUUAAACAAAAAUAUAAGUCAUAUCGCAGUUUAAUGUAAACGAGAGAAUUAUUGUCGUUCUGGUUGUUAUUGUGGCGCAGUGCGAGGGUUUAUUUUCAUGGAUAAUCCAUCACUGUGUUGUAUGACUGGGUACAGUGAUUGCGAUAUACGUAUUUUUGAUGCUGAUAUAUUUACUGUUGUCCGAAAUAAAGAAAUUAUUGAAGUAA